AUGACCCAUCAAUUCGAAAUCUCAUCAUCCCUCAAAACCACCAUCCAGCGGCUCAAGGACCGACUCUAUUUGCGCAAAGUAGCGGCAAAAGAACGGGCCAUUGAAAAGCUGCAACAGGAAGUAAAAAGGAGGAACUUCGCGAAGCGAAAAGACGCGCACGACUCGUUCAAAUUGGCUCUAAUGCACGGGCAUUCUCCAACCGACGAUCUUAUUCCCCUUCCAAUCACUCGCUUUAAUCAGUAUUCUAGUAAAAUUUAG